AUGGCGGGGAAUAUCGGGAGCUUCCUCGAGAUGCCAUUCCUACAUCCGGGCCACCACAUGUCGACCUUCCAGUACCUUGGCGGCGGCGAACUGCCUUCGACGGCCGACGACACGCCCGCACCGUCACCGCUUCCUCCUCCUCCGCCGACGCCGCUGCCGCAGCAGCAGUUUAGAACGUACGGCGACCCCCAACGGCAGCUGACGCUACGGCAGGCGCCGAUGCACGCGCGAGUGGCCAUAGGAAAGGAGAAAGACCGGAAGCCGAUCGACCCACCUCCUAUCGUGCAGUUGCUGGAUACAAGACACGAUGGCAGGAGCGGUCUCUACGAUAGCCCCUACCUGUUCAUGACCUCGUCCUUGGUGCCGGAGAACUAUGGGGAAUCGCCGAGGGAGCAGGAGGUCCCUUCAAACUACCUCGUCGGAUCCCUCGCUUCGUCGGUGCACCGGCUCCGGGAUACCGACAACCUCGAGGGCGGCUUCUUCGUCUUCGGCGACCUGUCGGUCAAACGAGAGGGCCGCUUUCGGAUACGCUUCACUCUGUACGAACGAGACCAGAGCAGCUCGUCGCCGAGCUUCCUCUACGUUUCGGAGCUCAUCACCAACGUCUUCACCGUAUAUCCGACGAAGCUGUUCCCCGGCAUGACGGAUUCGACCCCCCUGACGCGUACCUUCAGCGACCAAGGCGUCAAGGUACGGCUCCGCAAAGACUCGAGCGGCAUGGCGGCGAGGAAGCGAAGCAGGAACACGUCGGACGCGGCCGACAACUAUCUCGAACGGCGUCCGAAACGAGGAUCGUACGACGGCGAGAUUCCGCGUGAGAUGCCCCUCGGCAACUACACUGUCUCCGACAUGGAUCACAUGAACCCGUUGGGCAGCAGCCACGGCAUCGUCGGCUCGCAACCUCCAAACAUCAGCUUUACGACCGCAGCAGACCCCCUUCCGACAUCGAGGACGGCCGGGAUGGACCUGCAGCUUUCGACGAGCGGUUACUACUUUGCCGGGCCGCACUUCUACUGA